GACACGAUUGCGUAGGUAACGGAAAGGUGCGUGCUCGUGCUGCGAGUGUUUGAAAAAUAAAAGCGGUUAAACCCCGAGUGGAUCGUAGCAUUCGAUUUAGAUAAAGUUCCAUCAACUAAAACCUCAGUGUGUUCUAACGACGGUAAUUUGUGUGUUUUGCAAAAAGGGUUGUGACGCAGAUCUUAAGCUUUGAGCUCCAAAGACGAAGGUGAAUCGUUCCUCGGAAGUGUUUAACAUACAGCAGAUGCUAAAGUUUGGAAUUCAAUGUCAAACCAUCCAACUUGAUCGACGGUGUAGAGAUUGUGUGCGUCUUUGGCGAGUGGAUACGGAUUCCCUUCGAGAAACUAACGCCUCAACCUCAAGAUCGACCCAAGAAAAGGCAUCGUCGUGAAGGCUUGUUUAGCUUGUUGGUGAAGAGUUUUAUUGCGACGCAGAAUCAACGUGCCCUAACUGUGUAGAGUGAUUCCUUUGCGUUUGGUAAAUCUUCGUCUGUGUGCGGCGCGCGUGGGGAGUGUCUUUGGGUAGUUUUAGCGAUUCUGUGCGAAAUUUUCGGUAAAGUGUCUAGCUCCAGUGCUUAAACCGGGCAAAGCGUGAGCGUUUCGUGCGUGCCGAGUGGUUUGAAUUUGUAAACACGUGGUCGCACAUUGGUCAGCCGCAGCCUAGACGCUACAUUCCAAUCCGUGGUGUCCGAAGCAACGGGAGCAUCGAGCGGAGAGCACAAACCGACGAUCGAUCGACGAUCAUUAACGAGUUGGCGGCGAAAUUAGUGGAGAGUGUGUUGGAGUUGGAGUUGGUGUGUGUCUUCCGUCUUCUAGCUUAAAGAUUCAAAGGCUCCAUCGACGGUUUCCCUUCACACGCGGAACUUUUGCCAAAGUGUGUGUGUGUGUUGAGCCCUGUUCGCGAAACUCGAGGAUCGCCAUCGGUGGUCGAAAAUCGAAACCCCGGGCCGGCAGCGUCUGUCAGUGAUCGACACACGAUCGUCGCAGACGGACCACCGUUGUGAACCGUGUGUGUGUGUGUCAGCAGCAGCAGCCUCCAGCCCUAGGGCAGGACCUCCCGUGCCAUCGCGUGGACGGUCCGGACGGACUUCAACGGACAUCGGACUCGCCUCAGUGCCUCGGUGUGCUGGGCGAUAGAUAAAACACGGAAAAGCUCGUUUGCGACGUUAUCAGGUGAAUGUUUUCUGUCUAGACCUGCGACAGGUAACUAGCAGCGAGCGAUAGGCUAGUUGGCCAGUCUGUGUGUGUGUGUUUUUGUGUAAGUGGAUGAUAAGGAAGCUUGAGCUUUUUCGGGUUCCCUUUUGCGCUCGGCGUCGAAGUCGGUGUUUAGGAACGCGAGCGGUCGAUGACAAUGUUUGGUGCGGCCGGGAAGGCUGGUGAUGCUGGUCAUCGGUGCUGCGCGUGGUGUCCGAUGGUGUCGAAGGCAAAGGUCCCGUGUGCAGUGAUCGUGUCGUCGUUCCCGGUAGCUCCAGUGCGGUGUGAUAUCUAGGCGGCAAGCAGUGGCUGCAUUUUGUGAUAGAAAACGAAACCUGUGGGGGGAAAACGUAGAAAAAAAGGCGAGACGCGUCGAUAGUGUCGUUUGGAGAAGAAUCGUUUUUUUAUGGAGUGAUUUUUGUGUGUAAGCGAGUGCAAGUUCUGCUGAGCCUCUUAGGGGGGUUUUUUUUAUCGAAAAAGUUACAAGCAAGCAUUCCUGAAGUGGAGCCGUUAUCGCUGCAUAGCUUGAAGUGGUUCCGUUUAUGGUUAGUCGCGAGAAUAUUAGUCAGCGCAGGAAGUCUGUACGAUUUCCUGGGAGCGAUAGAGAGAGGCAGAGUGAGUGAGUGUGUAAGUGUAUGUGUUUUCAGAAGAACCGGAGCAAAGAAUCGUAAAAAAAGCUCGAGGAGACCCUACCGUCGCCUUCAGACACACCCAGCAGCAGCAGCAGCAGCAGCAGCAGCAGUAGCAGCAACGCCUUUUCUACUUCGCUAAACCCACCAGCUUCCUCUCCCCGUAGUCAUGACAACGAAUACUAGCAACCUGAAGCUAUCUGGAAAUAUCAUAGGUCUGACAGGCAAGCAAUCACAACCGCACACACAACAGCAACAGCAGCAGCAGCAGCAGCUUCAACAGCAGCAACAGCACCAUCACCAGCUCCAGCAGCAGCAUCUUCAGCAGCAAUUGCACAAGCACAAACUCAAACAAGCCCAACAGCACCUCCAACAGCAACAGCAGCAACAGCAACAGCAGCAACAACAACAUCAGCAAGUAACAGGUACGGUGGUGACGACCUCACUGUCGAACGGUGUCGGGCACCAUCCUGGCGGUGGCAUCUUCACGUCCGCCCUCAAUGGUGGUGGGCUGGUAAAGUCCGCGAGCGGUAUCCCCCAGCAAACGUCGGCCGGUGGUGGUGGUGGGACGGGCCAGGCACCGGGUAGCCACAUACCGCCCCGCUAUCAACCACCACCGCACCCACCGGGAGGUAUCCUCAAGAACGGGUACACGAACGGCGGUCACCUGAAAGCUGCCUACCAAAACGGAGGGCUCGCGUACAACGGCACCGGCAAGGGAUACUUCGGCGAGCAUCUGAAGAAGCCGUCGAAUCCUUCCCGCUUGCUUGCGCCCCGUCAGCAUAUCCGCUUCUCGAAUCUACCUCCACUGGUGAACGGUGGUCCAGCGGCUCCGGCGAGCCAGCCGGUUCAAUCGCAGCAGGCUGCGAUCACUGUCCAUCAGCAGCAGCAGCAGCAGCAGCAAAUCCAAACGCUACAUCAUCUUCCUCCAGCACCGCACGCAAGGCUCAGCUCGGAAUCUUCGUCGGAAGAUCAGACGACCAGCUCGACCCGAUCGUUGCAGGCUCAUCUGGCGCACGCGAAAGCCCCACAACCGGCGCCGGCAUCGAACGGUCCCUCCGCCGGUCACAUCCAUCAAACGACGGCAAUAGUGCAUCAAAGUAGUCAACCCGCGAGUACGAACGGACCGACCACGAACGGGUCGGGUCUGCACAAACCAUCGCAACCUUCCCACCUGCCCACUGCGACCGGUGUCCAUCAGCAGCAGCUGCAGCAGCAGCAACAGCAGUCCCAGCAUCCGGUUCAGACACUCCAGCAGCACCAAUCAGCACAGCAGCAGCAGCAGCAGCAACAACAGCAGAACCAGGAAAUGUUGAAGUUUGUCCGGAAAGCGGAGUCCGAAACCUCCUCCACACCGACCUCAUCCAGUGGGGGUGGAGGUGGUGGCGGAGGGCGCAUCUCGGCGCUGGAGCAGAACCGACACUUUCAGAAUCUGCUGGCCGAGCUGCGGGCACUGAAAGAGGCUAAUCAGCGGCUAAGCGAUGACAAUCAGGAGCUGCGAGAUCUGUGCUGCUUCCUGGACGACGACCGGCAGAAGGGACGCAAGCUGGCCCGGGAAUGGCAACGGUUCGGCAGGUACACGGCGAGCGUUAUGCGGCAGGAGGUCUCCGCUUAUCAGACGAAACUGAGACAGCUGGAUGACAAGCAGCAGGAGCUGAUCCGUGACAAUUUGGAGCUGAAGGAGCUGUGCCUGUAUCUGGACGAGGAACGAAACAAUACAGGUGGUCGUACGGCUACGGUCUGCUCUAGCUGUGGUAAUUCGGGCAAUUCGGCCGUCCCGCUUCGAGACGACGGCGAUGGCAGCAGUUCUAGCACGAAUGCCGACGAGAACCUGCACAACAUUGCGCAGUUUGGACGUAAUGGAAUGGAUCUGAACAUGCGAUCGACCCUAAGCGAUCAAACGCUUCAGUACGUCCGGGCACUUGAGUCGAGGAUACGGCAGCUAGAGGAGGAACGAGCGGUAGUACUGAACAAUAGUGCAACGACCAACGCCGGUGCCACAACGAACGGCACGGGGCAGGUGACAACGACCUCCUCCCAUCCCGAUCCCAUCUCCGGCCGUCCCGAAGCGGUCGUACGAGCGCUGCAGGUUUUGGAAGUACGCGAGCAGCUAGAGCGGGAACGAAUCGGCAACACUCCACCGGAUCAGCUGGACGACGGCGAGAAGGCACUGGUACGCGAGAUGUGUAACGUUGUGUGGCGUAAGCUGGAGGACGCGCCCAACACCGGUAUCGAUCAGCACGUCUAAGCACGUGGCUGGCGGACAGAGAGGCAGAAAAGUGAGGCUCACACUGAUGCAUACUCCUCAUUUUUAUUUCGAAAUAGGACGAUGUACAAAUUAAUUAUAGCGAAGAAAGGGGGAACGAAAGGCACACAAAUGACAGGAGCACUCUGACAGGGUUUUAGAUGGGACGACGCUGUUUGGACGACUCGAAGAAAGAGCAGGUUGAGUCAGGAAGAGUUCGAUUUUAUUUGAGCCGAAGUUCCUAGAGAGCGAUCUUGCCGAUGAAGGCAAAAUCCACUCUCCACGCAUAUCAUGACUAAGCGCAAUGAUGGUGAUGAUGAUCAGCGGGAACAGCUUGCAAGAGAUCGAUGGUUGUGUUUGCUUGAGUG